CACUUUACGUCAUUUUCCCGCGACGUGCCACACGCAACUCAGCUUGUGUCCACACUGCAGUUUCCUUCUUGUGUUACAGUCACCAAGGCCUGUCAUGACUUCCAAACGAGCGCAAGAGGAACUUGAUCAUACUGAUAAAAGAAAGAAGAAGAAGAAGAACUGCGAAGAGCUACCAGAACUUUGUCCAGAUGUGCAGGACGAGAGCUUGAAGAGGGCCAUGAAGGAGGCGUGGGGCUGUGGGACCCACUGGAGCCAGGGUAAUGUGGAGUUGGAUUGUCACCCUUUCCCACACUGCAUCAUCAAGAAUUUCCUCAGCAGCAAAACCUUUGGUGAAAAUCUCCAGCGUGAAUUGCUGGAGCUGAACUUUCACGAAAAGUCAAAUGAUCUCUACAAAUUCAAACAGUCUGAUGACCUGAAAAAGAGAAAAGAGCCACAUAUUGCUGGACUGAGGGCGGCACUCUUUGGUCCUUUCCGCUCGUGGCUGGGAGACGUGUUGGGGGUUGAGCUGGAGACCACUGUGGAUGUUUCUUGUGCCAGAUAUGAGUACACAGAUGUUCUUUUGUGUCAUGACGAUGAGUUGGAGGGGAGGCGCGUCGCUUUCAUUUUGUAUUUCGUGCCCCCAUGGGAGAGCAGUGACGGGGGGACCCUCGAUCUUUACGCAACAGACAGUCAUUUCCAGCCACAGAGUAUUGCGAAGUCUCUUGUACCCUCUUGGAACACUCUAGUUCUUUUUGAAGUCUCUCCAGUCUCCUUUCACCAAGUUCGAGAGGUUUUGUCUCAAGACAAGUGCCGUCUUUCAGUAAGCGGCUGGUUUCAUGGAUCCUCUUUGCAGCGACCUCCUCGAUACAAAGAGCCACCCUUCCCAAGGAAUCCACAUCUACCAAGAGACGAGACGGUGCUCCUGGAAUGGGUCAAUCCUGUCUACUUGGACAUUUCAUAUCAAGAGAAAAUCCAGGAAGAAUUUGAAGAUAGCUCGGAAAUUCAACUCAAGGAUUUUCUUCGGGAGGAGAAAUUCAAGGAAGUGGGUGAAGCUUUGCAACAAGCUCAAAUUGUGUGGAUGAAGAGAGGUCCGCCCAAUAAGAGGUGCUUUGACGUGGCCUCUCUGGACACACUGCCUGAAUGUGUGACAGAGUGUUGGGAACUGCUCAACUCAGAAGCCUUCUUUCUACUUCUCUCCAACUUCACUGGUUUGAGGCUGCACUACUUGUGUCCUGCGGAUAGUGAGGAUGAAGAGGAAGCAAAACAGAAGAUGGAGGGAGAAGCUGCAGGUUCUUCAACAGAAUCAUCAGCAGCCAGUGCAAAGAAAGAGAAAGAGUUGAGCACACCUGUCUGUUGUGGAAACGUGCGUCGAUGGUCUCAUGGCAGCUACACCUUGUUGCAUGAUGGAGAGGCAGAGAAGGCAGAAUAUGCUCUGGACCUGCUUUUACCUUUUGGCUGCACAGGCUGGCAGUCAGAGUUUGGGGGUUUCACUUGUUAUAUUGCCAACGAAGAGGAUGAAGAACUUCUGACUGUGUAUCCAGAGGACAACUCUCUCGCCCUCGUCUACAGAGACAAAGAAACCCUUAAAUUUGUGAAACACAUCAACCACAACAGCUGUUCUGCCGACACGUCCGCCUUCAGAGGGUUUUAUGACUUUUCCUUUGUUUACUAUGAAUAAACAUUUUCACAAAAAUCUG